AUGCAAUAGAGGCAGUGAAGAAAGUCAUCGCUAUCAUCACUUGGUAGGCUUGACGUUGAGCUCUAACUCGUAUCUGGUCAGAUUCAGAGUGUGUUUUCUGCCACCAACACUCUAGCCAUCUCAGUGAUUGUUUCAGCUCCGGGGAAAACCACUGUCCAGGCUCCAUGUAUCGGAGAGGUCGCUUCGGAACCAGGCCAUCGAUAGCCCUGGUUAACUCCACAUUCCAGGGGCCACAAGGAAAUCAGCUGAAAGGCCAUCAACAUAGGAUAAAACAUCCCCUUCUCCUUUCUGGAAACCAUUUGGAUCUAUUAAGUGGUGGGGGUGGGCCAUCCGAAUCAGUCCCACCUCCCUGCAGAGGGAAAGGUCGUGGAGAAGUCCAGUUGCACCAGGAAGUGAUCUGACCAUGACACUUAUUUUGUUUUAGUUUCACUUCGUGUCAGAUCACCCACAUCCAUAGAGGUGAACAUGCCAGGUCAAGUCCUCCAUCCAAGUCGUGGAUGGCAGUGGUCUCAUGAACCAUUGACCUGGCAUUGCGUAGCAGACCCUUAAGGUCACGUGGGUCUCCCUUGCUGAUUCCAGCAUCCAUCCAGUCAAGACCUGACCCGGAGGCAGGGAUAGUCCUCAAACAAUGACGUGGUCUGGUCUUGGUGUAACACUUCCUCCUACCCGUGACCACUGUGAUCAGGUGUCCCAGUGCAUCCCCACCCCCACCCCGGGGAACUUGCCCCUGCCAUUCUGUUGGAUGGGGCCCACUCCCAGACAGCCCUGACCCUCUCACCUAAGGAACAAAACUAUACAAACUAUAUAAUACUAUAUCAACUAUACAAAAAAAUAAAAAUAUUAACUAAGAAUAAUAAAAACAAUUCCGUAACAAUGCAUUUGCUUUGUAGGAAUUGCUAGAGCUUCUCAUUAAGACAGAACUUGGCAGAAGACCAAAGGGUUCCUUCCGAUCUCAGAGGCUCCCUCAGGGCACAGAUGGAUGAGCAAGACUCAGCUGGCCCUGGAGCAGGAAGAGGCCAUGCCAACCAAACUGGGAGCAAUGAGGGAUUCUGGGAAAACUCUGUGCAGAAGAUCCUGGAUGAGGAGGACACCCUCCGCUCAGAGGUGCAGAUCCAGCAGUUCAGGAGGUUCUGCUGCCAGGAGGCCGAAGGACCCCGAGAGGUUUGCAGCCGACUCUACCACUUUUGCCACCAGUGGCUGAAGCCAGAAAGGCACACGAAAGCUGAGAUGCUGGACCUGGUGAUCUUGGAGCAGUUCCUGGCUGUCCUUCCACUGGAGAUGGAGAGCUGGGUGAGGGACUGUGGAGCGGAGACCAGUUCCCAGGCGGUGGCCCUGGCCGAAGGUUUCCUCCUGAGUCAGGCAGAGGAGAGAAAGCAGGAACAGAGAAAGCAGGUGAGAGAGACUUUCCUCUGGAUACUCCCAAGGGGCUGGAAAACAUCCCAUAAUGCUCUACUGAUGGCUCAUCCUUUUUCUGGGAAGACAUCCAUGGAAUGAGAUCUCACACCCUUCAAGUCUUUGUGAUUUUCUUUCUUGUAUUUCUCCCCAUUCUCUGUUUUCAAUCCUUGUUUCUUUUUUAGGAAAAGGAUCAUUUUGCAGAAAUGGACCUGGAUUCCUGUGAGGCAGAGAGGCCUCCGUUGGACACCAGAGAGAGGCCACUGGGUAAGGAGGAAGGUGGUUUUUCUCCGUUUGAUCUCAUUCUGUUGGUUUCCCAACUAAUCUGUGGGUUGUUUUCAUCUUGGUUUUUUUUUUUGGGGGGGGGAGCAGUUGGGACCAAGGGUCCAAAGGAAGUGUCAGGGAAAUGGAGACAGAAAGGGAGAAGGGCCUGGGAAGAGACCUCCUUUGAUCAGCAGCUGUUUGUCUUCAGAAGAGGGAGAAGACGAAGAGGGGUCAGAGGGGGGUGAAUCUGAGAGGGAGGAUGAACUUCUGAGGGCAAGCACCUCUCGUCAUAGAGGAAGGAGGGGGGUUGGGCUUCGACGUUGGCUAUGCUGGCCCCCAAAACGGAAGGAAGUUAGUCGGGACAACUACCCACCAUGAUCGAGUCGCACUUUUGAACUGCUGUAAAUAAUGUCAAGAAGAAAUAAACCCUUUGUAAAUAUGGCUGGGUUCCCGGGCUCUUAUCUCCGCUGAGUGCUCACAACUCAUUUCUGACAGGAAGGGAGAAGUAGUUUUGCACAACUAACAUGAAAUGGGCACAAACGUCCAAAUGCACUCAGCAGGUAAGGCUUUCUGAAAGGCCCAUCUGUCGUUAGAGAUGCCCUGUUUCACCUGUGAGAGAAGCAGGCACUCCUGACAUCCUGCUUACCUUUUUUCUUUUGCAGGUGACAGAAUGAUGCCGGCAAGACCUCCUUAUCCAUCUAUUCAUGGGGGCAGAAGGGAAGCAGCGGCUGUGGAACCAGAUCAGGUCAGGGGAAGCUGCCUUGUGGGGACAGAGGCUGAGGGAUGGAGCAAUGUCAUGGACUGGUUGGGCACAGAGGAAUGGUGGGAGGAAGCAGCCGGGGAAGCAGGAAGGGAAGAUUGCUCAGAGCCCAAGGAGUGAAGGUGGAGGAAGGAGGGGCGGUCAGAGGGAGAAGAGGAGAAGUCUGGGAAGAGGAGGUGUCAGAAGCUGAUGGGGUAACGUGGCUUAGUGAGCUGGGAGACUCUGUGGCAGAAUGCAGUGCAGAAUCAGAGGCAGAAGAGGAGGAAGCAAGAGGGAGAGGAAAGUCGAGAGGCAGAGGUGAGUCAGGAGAAGGAGGAGCCACCGGGGGCUCCCUCUCCUUCUGCCAGAAGCCACCCUCCCUGCUUGUCUCUCAGAGCCAGGAGACGUCUGACAAUGGAGGAGCAAAGGCAG